CUGCUAUAUGAAAGUCGUGCUUCUAAAACAUAAAGCACUAGCUGAAUAAACAAAAUUUAUCCAUCCAUACUUCCGUAGCAUUGAAAAUAAAAUUCACAUACAAUAUAUCGAAAACAAUUACUACUUGACUCGAAUAAAUUAAUCAGUAUUUCGGUUUACUAUGCGGGUAUAAUUGGCAAGAGAUCAAAAUAAAAAAAAAAGACUAUAUGUAAACAGCUGUAUGUUAUUUUGCGUGUUACAGUUGUUUGGAUACAAGUAUAAAUAGUACAAUGAGAAGAGAAAUGCCUUCGAAGAUACGAAAAUGCAUAGUAGUGGGAUGCAUGCAUAAUUCUGAGUUCUGUACCUGAGAAUGACAAUGCUGUGAGAAUAUAAUCUGCUUGCAGUGUAACUGAAUGAGUCCAGUGAUAUUAGUCGCUGAUAAAAAUAAAAUACUUAAUGUUUUGACGUACUGAAGCCUGCACGCUUAUAAUUAUGGGAGAGAAUGUUAAAGUUGCCCCAGUUCACAUAUAUGUUGACAAUGAAAUCUUUAAUAUACCACUUCAGUCUUUAACAACUGCAGAAGACGUUUGUAUUGAAGUUUCCAAGCAGCUUGGUAUAGGGCCUGUUGCCAGACACUUAUUUGCACUCAGACUACACCGAUCAAAAAUUUGGUUUAAUCCAGGCCUUAGGUUGUCUGAAACUCGAGCAAAUGCAGAAUAUGAUUUUAGACUCCGAUAUAAAGUACCAAGCCUCUCAAGACUGAAGAAAAUAGACAUGAAAGCAUAUGAUUAUUAUUUUCACCAAGCUCGAAAUGAUGUUAUGAAUAAUGAGAUCCCUGACAUAAGUUAUGAUAAAUACAGACGGGAACUUGUUGGUUUAGGAGUUGCGGACAUGUACAGAGUGAUGUUGGAGAAAGGUGUAGAAAGGGAUAUGGUUGAAAGUGACUAUAAGAAGUACAUUCCUAAAGAGGUUAUUAAACAUCAUUUCUUUUUCAUCAAGAAACCCAUCCAUGACUGUCUGGGCAAAAUUAAGAAAAGUGUUCAGCAUGAUGCCUGGUUUGUAAAGGGAGAAUAUUUGAAACAGUUUGAAGAAAUGGCUCCAAAUUACUUGAGUGAAGAGUUCAAAGCUCUGAUAGAUGAUGAAGGAUGUGUGGAAACUGUCCUCUUGAAAGUCAACCCCUUCCAUGAAGAACAGCCUGGGGUUAGUGUGCGAUAUGAUGGAAAGAAAGAGUGGCAUCAGCUGUGUACAAUUGAUGACCUGUGUUACAUUUCUGUACGUAAUGAUGGAACUGUUGAAAUCUCAAGAAAAAAUGGCAUACCAUCAUAUCUGAAAUUUCAUUCCAUCCCAUUGAUGUUCUCCUUUGUGAGUUUGCUGGAUGGAUAUUACCGUUUGAUGGUGAAAUGGACGUUCAAUUUAUGUAAGGAUGUCCCAACGCCAUUGCUGCCAAAGCUACAUGCUCUGAAGUGUCAUGGACCUGUGGGCGGAGAAUUUUCAUACGCCAAAUUGGAAGAGAAACGGAACAGUGCCCCUGGUUGUUUCAUUCUGCGGCAGAGCGAGACAAAAUAUGAUGUCUACUAUAUAGAUGUCUGCACCAGAGAAAGUUCAAAACCAAAAUCAUACAAGAUUGAGAAGAGGGGGGAAGAAGAAUACUUCUUCAGUUGUGAUGGAAAGAUUUACACAAGCAUAAUGCAGCUUGUGGCAGCAUACCGAACCGGUGAAGACUCCAUCUUCCUCCAAGAGUGUCUGCCUCCUUCGGAAUAUGACAAAUCAAACUUGCUGUUGUGCCAGCUCGAGACGAAUAAGGUUGACAUGAUGACAGCAGACAGUGCUGUGGCCGGUCUUCUCAACGCAGCUCCGCAAUGCAUCAAUGUCAGAAACUUACAAGUCUACAAAAAUCAAAAGAAAGAAGGUCGAAGUGGGACGUCACAUAUAUAUCGAAGUGUGUGGAAACCCUCAAAAGGCAAGAAGAUUGAAGUGGCUAUGAAAACUUUGAAACAAGAAUGUAGAGAUAAAUACCUGAAGGAUUUCCUUGAACUUGCUGGUCGAUGGGCAACCCUACAGUCAAAUGCAGUUGUCAAGUUGUAUGGCGUAACACUGUCUAGUCCACUUGCCAUGGUAACAGAGUACCUGAGUUUAGGGCCACUGGACGUGUACCUGAAGGAGCAUAAACUCAGCUUGAAGCAGGUGGAUCUCGUGGAAGCUGGAGCAUUUCUUGCCAGGGCACUCUGGCACCUGGAGGACCAAGGCAUAGUCCAUGGGAAUAUCCGAUGUCGGAAACUUCUAGUCGCAGCUCACGAUGAUAAUAGCUUCGUAGUUCGUCUUGCUGAUCCAGGGUUACACUCAUACACCUCAUCUGAUAUUCACUGGAUUCCAACGGAAUGUUACUCUAAUUUUGAUUUUGCCCAUGGUUCCGUGGCAGCUGAUGUUUGGGCAUUUGGUACCACCCUGUGGGAAAUAUUUGCAUAUGGAGAAUGCCCACCUGAAACUAGCGAUGUAGAGAAAAUAAAAAAGGAUUACCAGAGUGGCAAGAGGCUGCCUUUCUCUAGUGGCUGUACAGUCGACAUCUACAAACUCAUGUUGGAGUGCUGGGAUCUCGACCCAUACAGGAGGAAGAAGCCACAGGCCAUUAUGCGUGAUCUGAAUCAGAUCCUGUAUCAAGUGUUCAACUCCAGGCGAAUGCAUUCAUAUGCCACACCUUCCUUCAGAGUGUUUAAAGGUCUUGGGAACUCUUCAGAGAAUAGCGUAACAGAAUCAAAUGCCAGUCUGUUCUCUGGAGCCACAGAGGAUACAUAUGUUGACUACAUGAAAUCAGACUUAUUGUCAGUGGAUGAAGAACCACUUCAGAGUGUUGAUGUUUCAUCAGGAUUCAGUUUUGGGAGUGGCUCAGAGGGUACCUGGUUGCUAGGAGAUUCAAACCUUCAGACUCCAGCUACGGAUGUGAUGUCUCCUGACUUCUCGGUCAUCCUGUCCAACUUUAACUUCUCUGCAGCAACUGCCAUGGACAGUGUCACCUCAAUGCAAGAAAUUUUUGAACUUGAUGGAGAAUGUAAUGUAAUUCUACAAGGUCGUAUUGGUCAGGGCUUUUAUGGUGAAGUGUACAAAGGUACAUUGGAGCGUGAUAAGGAUUUGGAGCCUCAGCUUGUUGCCAUAAAGAAGCUGAAGACAAAUGCUGUGGAGACAAGCUUGCAGGACUUCGAGAGGGAAAUAACUAUCAUGAAGACUUUGAAACAUCCAAAUAUUGUGGAGAUCAAAGGUGUGAUCGAGGAUCCAGAGAUCAGUCUUGUGAUGGAGUUUGUGCAACAUGGCUCUCUCCAGAGCUACCUUAAGAUCCACAAAGAUACACUUCAGGAGGAGAACCUGCUGAAGUUUGCAUUUGAUGUUGCCAAGGGCAUGGAAUACUUGGGAAGGAAAAAUAUUGUGCAUCGUGACCUGGCUGCCAGGAACAUUCUGGUAGCGAAUGAGCAUCAUGUAAAGAUUUCAGAUUUCGGUUUAGCUCAGGUCAUGGGAAAGAAUGGCUACUAUAUUUUGAAGACAAGCAGAGAAUUGCCUAUCAAGUGGUAUGCACCAGAGAGUCUACGAGAUGGGAAGUUUUCACCAUGUUCUGAUGUAUGGUCAUAUGGUGUGACAUUAUAUGAGAUGUUUUCUCUUGGAGAAGACCCGCGUUUACCAGACUGUAUUAAUGACCAAGAUCAGCAAGAGCUGUUGGCAACAUUGGAGAGUGGCACUCGCCUUCCGUGCCCACCUCACUGCUCACAGACGAUAUACGUGAAAUUGAUGAAGCCUUGCUGGCAGACUGACACACAUGCUCGUCCAACGUUUAAACAACUUGCAGAGGAAAUUCAAAAUCUGAGGUGGUGAACGGUUGUAGUAAUAUUUGUAUAUUUGAGGUCCAGGUUGUUUAAAUGAUCAGGAGCAUUGAGUUCCGUUUGAUCAGAGUGAUUUUGAUGAAAGGAGUUCAUUGCCCAGCAGAACUCAAAUGACUUAUGUACAGUGGAAAAUUCAGAAGUAGACAGAUUGAAUGAAUGAAUGAAUGAAUGAAUGCA